AUGCCUCGGCCAUUGUGUGAGGCGAGAGGGAGCCCGACUAGGCCCGGGCCCGCCGCCCCCGGUCGGGCCGAGCCGAGGCGGCGCCUUUCCGGGCCGGGUUUCGAGGCUCUCCGGCCGGCCGCGCCCAGCGCCUCGCCCUCACCCGCACUCCCCGCUCCUCCCCGGGUCUCGGAGCCCGCCGGCCGCGCCGUGUUCCCUUCUCUCGGCGGGCCUCGUUUUUUCUUGUUUCCUUCCCCUUCUGUGAAGCCCCGGUUUCCUCGCGUUGUUCGUGGCGCGGCCCCCGCUUCUCUCCGCGGGGCCCGCUGGCCUCGCGCUUUCCCCCGCCUCCCAUCCUCAGUCUCCCCCUCACUCCCGUUCCCCGACGCCUCCUCAGGCCUGCGCCUUUAUUCCCUUCUCGGGCCCGGCUUUAAUUGGUGUUUCCUUUUCCAUUUCUUCCUCGGACGACCCGCUGCUCGGCGACGUUUCCUUCGCCCGCAGAGACCAAAAGGUCAAGGAAACAAAGUGCAAAAUGGAUCUGUACAUCAAAAGGAUGGAUUAAAUGAUGAUGAUUUUGAACCUUACUUGAGUCCACAGGCAAGGCCCAAUAAUGCAUAUACUGCCAUGUCAGAUUCCUACUUACCCAGUUACUACAGUCCCUCCAUUGGCUUCUCCUAUUCUUUGGGUGAAGCUGCUUGGUCUACUGGGGGUGAUACAGCCAUGCCCUAUCUAACUUCUUAUGGACAACUGAGCAACGGAGAGCCUCACUUCCUACCAGAUGCAAUGUUUGGACAACCAGGAGCCCUAGGUAGCACUCCAUUUCUUGGUCAGCAUGGUUUUAAUUUCUUUCCCAGCGGGAUUGACUUCUCAGCUUGGGGGAAUAAUAGUUCUCAGGGACAGUCUACUCAGAGCUCUGGAUAUAGUAGUAAUUAUGCUUAUGCACCUAGCUCCUUAGGUGGAGCCAUGAUUGAUGGACAGUCAGCUUUUGCCAGUGAGACCCUCAAUAAGGCUCCUGGCAUGAAUACUAUAGACCAAGGGAUGGCAGCACUAAAGUUGGGUAGCACAGAAGUUGCAAGCAAUGUUCCAAAAGUUGUAGGCUCUGCUGUUGGUAGUGGGUCCAUUACUAGUAACAUUGUGGCUUCCAGUAGUUUGCCUCCAGCUACGAUUGCUCCUCCAAAACCAGCAUCUUGGGCUGAUAUUGCUAGCAAGCCUGCAAAACAACAACCCAAGUUGAAGACCAAGAAUGGCAUUGCAGGGUCAAGUCUUCCACCACCCCCAAUAAAGCAUAACAUGGAUAUUGGAACUUGGGAUAACAAGGGUCCUGUGGCAAAAGCCCCCUCACAGGCUUUGGUUCAGAAUAUAGGUCAGCAGCCAACCCAGGGGUCUCCCCAGCCUGUAGGUCAACAGGCUACCAGUAGCCCACCAGUGGCUCAGGCAUCAGUAGGGCAACAGACACAGCCAUUGCCCCCACCUCCACCACAGCCUACUCAGCUCUCAGUGCAGCAACAGGCAGCUCAGCCAACCCGCUGGGUAGCACCUCGGAACCGUGGCAGUGGGUUCGGUCAUAAUGGGGUGGAUGGUAAUGGAGUAGGACAGUCUCAGGCUGGAUCUGGAUCUACUCCUUCAGAACCUCACCCAGUUUUGGAGAAGCUUCGGUCCAUUAAUAACUACAACCCCAAGGAUUUUGACUGGAAUCUGAAACAUGGCCGGGUUUUCAUCAUUAAGAGCUACUCUGAGGACGAUAUCCACCGUUCCAUUAAGUAUAACAUCUGGUGCAGCACAGAGCAUGGUAACAAGAGACUGGAUGCUGCUUAUCGCUCCAUGAACGGGAAGGGCCCCGUUUACUUACUUUUCAGUGUCAACGGCAGUGGACACUUCUGUGGCGUUGCAGAGAUGAAAUCUGCUGUGGACUACAACACAUGUGCAGGUGUAUGGUCCCAGGACAAAUGGAAGGGUCGUUUUGACGUCAGGUGGAUUUUUGUGAAGGACGUUCCCAAUAGCCAACUGCGACACAUUCGCCUGGAGAACAACGAGAAUAAACCAGUGACCAACUCCAGGGACACUCAGGAAGUGCCUCUGGAAAAGGCUAAGCAGGUGUUGAAAAUCAUAGCCAGCUACAAGCAUACCACUUCCAUUUUCGAUGACUUCUCACACUAUGAGAAACGCCAAGAGGAAGAAGAGAGUGUUAAAAAGGAACGUCAAGGUCGUGGGAAAUAAAAGGCAGUUCUGCACAGACUGCAGCAACGGUUGCAUCUGCAUAUCCUAAGAGGAAAAAAAUGACCUUCAAGAGAAUUAGGACUUUUUUCUUAAUUUCAUUGACUUCAGAGACGAUUGCAGACUUGCAGUUUAAGUAUUGGAAUUUCACAAAAGACAUAGGACUAAACUGGAAAACGAAAAAAAAAAAAAAAGAAAAAGAAAAAACUAAACAAAAAUUCCCUCUAGGUAGUUUAGGUGAAAAAUGUCCCUUUUAUUUUGGCUUUGGUUGUGAUUUCAGAGCAUAAUGCUUUGGUUUUUUGUCUUUUUACUAUGUUUUUCGGAUUUUAAAGUCCGUUAAGUGCAUACAAUUUUCUCUAAUUUUUAAACCCUUUCCUCCCCCCAUUUUGACAUUUGCACUUGGAGAACACUUGAGUUUCGAAGGUUUUGGGCCUCCACCCCAGAAAGUGGGAAUUUGGUUUUUCCCUUCCAAACUGGAAGAACAUUUUUAUGAAGAAUUUUUGUCUUGGAGAAUUUAACAGUGUUACCCAAGGUUGUGUCUUUAAGGGUGGUUCAUUUUCUCUGACCCUUUGUUACUCAAAGUAAAGUACUAGGAGUCCUAAGAAAUGUUCUGUUCUUGUACAUUAUACUGAUUAAGUCAGGAUUAAUUUGAUUUCAAAGCUAAGAACAGUGGUAAAAACUUGUUUACAGAAAUGCAUUUUGGAAGAGAAAAAUAUUGUAAAACGUGUAGUGAAUGUUUCUUCAGUUUCUUGUUCAGCCAAUGAGGAAAGGGCAUUGCCUUUCUUUUUACCAUUAAUCACUUCUCAAUAAACGUGAGAUCCUGUUGAGCAUCACUUCUAGUACCAUUUAUUAGUAUUAUUUGAAUCUGCUAUAUUUUAUGAAAGCUUUGGAGUAUAAGGAGUUUUAAGAGGUGAGAGAGCAACUAUUUUUAGAAAAUUCACUGAGAUGAAAUAGUUCAGGCUUGCUUUUGUACUCAGGGUUGGAUAACCAUGACCUCUGCAAAGCAAGGUGGGCCAGUCAGUAUUCAUAAUGUUUUAUUUCUGUCUACUUCUUUGAGAAAGUAGAUCCACUGCUAAAUCAUUCAGCAAAUAUUUGAUUGUGAGUGCUUUUUGGGUGCCAGGCACUGUGCUAAUAACCCUGAAGAAGCCUGGCCACAUAUCUUAUGUGCAAAGUAGAUAGAGCCCAAUAUCAAGGAUAUGAAUGUUUAAUCUGAAAUAUGAUUUAUUUAGACAGGAUUCCCUAUAGAUGCAGGUCCAAGAAUAAGAAAUUCCAGUGGGCUUGGGUCUUUGUAAACCGUAUAACCAUAGUGCUAUUUGAUUCACCCUUGUUUAUUUCCUAAGGUUUGGAGCUUCUCUACCUUAAAAGAUUUUUAGCCCUUAGGAUGUCCCAGUUUGGGAGAGUUAAAUGUGUGAAAACUUCUGUAAUAAGAAAGGGUUCUGAAAAUGGGUUUUAAUAUUGUUGGAUAGUCUUUUACCCUCAGAUGACUUAUUCAUUCUGUUCUUCAUAGCCCAGGCUACCAAAUCAAGGGUGUGGUAAAAUGAAUAAAUACUGAUUUGUAAUUAGUGUCAUAGUUGACACUUUGCCUAUUUGAGGCACAGCACAGUAUACCUAGAUAAUUGCUAUUUGCUAAAUAAGCUUUUUGAGAUACUUAUUCCCCUCAAAUUUGGGAGUCCUUUGUGCUUUCAUCAAUUUGAAGAUGUUCUAUUUCAAGCUAGAAAUGUAACCUUCAUUGUUUUCCAUUUUAGCUGAAACUUCUCUAACUUCUGGAGAACUCCUGUGAGCUUAAUGAUUUAGUAUUUUCACUUUCAAAAGGGAAAAUAACCCUGAGCAAAGUAAAUUCAAAAGCAGUCUUACCUAGAUUUUCCUACCUUGUAUUCAUGUUGGAUAUGAGGUUAUUCAAGAUAGUUUUUUGCAGUUUUAAAUGUUAGUGCCUCUAUUUAUUUAAGCCAGUGUUUCUCAGUCUUUUAUUUGCAUAUCACAUAGAAAUGGUAUGGCCUUGAGGACAAACAAAGGAAUUUGGAGCCCUUAACAAGUUUGCUCACCUGGCUGUCCCUGAGUGAGUAUUGAGGGAGUCAGGUUGUUGGAUUUGUGUGUUUUUUUUAAAAAACCACAUAGGCCUUUUAAUGUAGUAUAAAAUUAGAUUAUGUUCAUUCUUAAGAGUUUGGGCCACAAGUUAGUUGGGUGAAGAUCCCAAAAGGCAACUAAACUAGUUCUCUUAAUGCUUAUGACAGCUUUGCCAUGGAAAUUGUUGACUUUUGACUACUUGCCCUUAAUGCUUUGUUCUGUUUUGUCAUUUGUGAUGUAAGACUUUGAAUAGCCAUGUUUGUUUACUUUUCUCAUUUGUUGAAUAUGGGAAAUGAGCAAUCUCACCACAUGCCGUCAGUGUUACUUCAAAGCAUUUUAAACAUUUAUGAACAAAAUUUAUAAAUCUCAUAUUCACUCAAUUUAAUCUUAAUUAUAUGUGAUUGGCUCUUCAUUCCUCACCAUGUUCCAUUUUGAAAAAAACUUACUUUGCAAAAAUGUAUGGGGAGUUCUCACGUACCCUACUCUCAGCUUCCCCCAAAUGUUUACAUUUUACAUAACCAUGUAACAAUUAUCAAAAACAGUAAAUAUUGGCGUUCCCGUCGUUAACGAAUCCAGCUAGGAACCAUGAGAUUGCGGGUUCCUUCCCUGGCCUUGCUCAGUGGGUUAAGGAUCUGGCGUUACUGUGAGCUGUGGUGUAGGUUGCAGACAUGGCUCGGAUCCCACGUUGCUGUGUCUCUGGCGUAGGCCUCUGGCGUAGGUCGGUGGCUGCAGCUCCAGUUAGACCUCUAGCCUGGGAAUCUCCAUAUGCCAUGGGAGCAGCCCUAGAAAAGACAACAAAACAAAACAGUAAAUAUUGAUGCAGUGCUACUUACUAACUAAUCUACAGACUUUAUGUGGAUUGUGCCAGCUGGUCAAGGAAUGUCUUUUUUUCUGGCUCAGCCAUCCAGUCUAGGAUCCCUCGAUGCAUUUUGUUGUCACAGGCUGUAGACUGUGAGUUCUUCAAUCUUUAUUUCUUGUAGUUUUGACACUUUUGGAGAGUACCAACUGCCCAGUUAUUUUUUUAAAGUGCCCCUCAAAUUGAAUUUGUUUAAUAUUUUCUAUUAGAUUGAAAUUAUUUUUUGGUAAGAAUACUGCAGAAAUCAUCUGCCCUUCUCAGUGCAUUAUCAGGGUACAUGAUGUCCAUAUAUAUUAUCACUGGUAACCUUCACUUCGAUCACUUUGGUGAUCUGUAGUGUUUGCCAGAUUUCUCCACUGUAAAGUUAUUGUUUCCCUUUGUAAAACUAUCGAGUUUUGGUUCACUGAUUUUGACAUUGGAUUGUUAUUCUCUGGAACAAGUUAUUAACUGUGGCGUUGGCCAAAUGUUAAUUCACUCUGUCUAUUGUUUCUUCUACAUUUAUUCUAAUUAGAAUUCUACUGUAAGGAGGAGCUAUCCCUUUUCUCCAUUUUAUUUAUUCACAAUCAGUAUGGACUUAGAGGUAUUUUAUUCCAUGGGUUAAUGCUAUCAUUUAUUUUGUGGCUCAUAUUGGUCCAGCUUUGGCUCUUUGGACCUCCUUCAAGUUGGCUCCUUUGUCUUUUUGACAUGCCCCCAGUGUAUUUUGGAGCCCUUCCUUAACAUUAGAGUACUGUAAGAUGCUCCUGAAUAGUCUUAUUUUCAGUGCCCCAGGAACCUUCAAUAAAAGGUUUCUUUUACUGAAGAAUAAUUAGAAACCAUCCCUUGAGUGUUUUUAAAAAAUCCUUUAAAUUUCAACAGGUUAUUAAAGUGGGGCUUUUUACUACUCAUGUAGGUGAAGAUUUAUUUGGCCCAAUCAAAACACCUAACCACUUUCAUAGAGCUGUAUGUAUCUCAGUCUUCUGGAGCUGUGGAGAGGUUUUUCACUUGGCAUAUUACAUCACUUAGAGUGAGGCCCAAUGAAUGUGGGUUGGUUUGCACCCUUCCAUAGUUGCUAUCUUUAGUCUUGUAACUACAGACCCAAAAUGUUGGAACUCCUGAUUUCCACUCCACCUAAACUAUUUUAGGGGUUCAGAGCUUUUUCUACCUAUGAGAAAAUAAAUUGUCAUACACUAAAGUUUUCUGUUUUUCAUUAUGGAGCUGAUAGCACUUAUUUUGACCUUUAUUUGAAAUGUAACCUUGUGUCAUGAAUGUAGGACCCUUGGUUUUGAAGAUGGGAGUGAGUAAAAAGUAUCCCUAGGAUUCAGUAAGUUUACAAUCAUUGUUUUUGCCUUGGGUAGUACUGCCACUUAGAACUGUAUCACUCACUGCUAGUGUAUUCUGGGUAGCCGGUGCAACUCCUUACCCCUGAGAAACCUUUCUUUGAAACUAAUACUUAUUACAUCUGCUGGGUUUACUCAUGGAAAGCUGACAUGGCUUGUAGGGUAAGACAUCCAUACAGAGACAAAGUGUAAAGUCACGAACUUGCAGGGCUCUGCUUCCAGAUUUCCUGGAUUGGCUCUGUAGCCCCACCUGCUGGGAAGUUUAGGGCAGCACCCCCUGCCCUGUUCCCGCCCAGCUGCUGGGCUUGGUGAUUGGAACAGCACAGGCACUUCACUGGCUGCACAUGGUGGCCAUGGCUCUGUGACCUGCAGGGAAGCAAGCCUCUGUCCUGCUAACCAGAUUCUCACUCUAUUCCUGCGACCCAUGCACUCGAGGCCUGCUUGGUAUACCCAUUCAUUUUUGUCUGCUCUUCCCCUUCCCUGACCAAGCAACUAUUUUACUUUGAGAAAUGUGGAUUCCAGAUGUUGUCGUUACUGCUUUUGCACCUGCGCAAAAGCCUCUCCCAGUGCCAAACCCCUUACCUUCACAGGUGAGCAAGCUAGGUCGCCUAAGGCACGGGGAACUAGUGUUUCUCACUAUUGUAAUAGAGGGCAAAGGACAUUAGUGCUGUGCAUGGCUUGUUGCUUUCUUCUACCUUUUAAAAUAAUGCUCAAUUUGGCUGGCUAAAGGUUGUAAAACUUACUGUAGCCCCAUCUGCUGGCCAUAAGCAAUGUUAAUGUACUCAAAAAAAAAAAAAAAAAAAAAGUUAUACUCUAGAGUUGCCCUUUAGGGGGAAGCUCUCAAAGAAACUCCCAAUUUUGCUGCUUGUCCAGUUUUUCAUGAGAGUUUUUGUCUGCUUUUCCAUCUACUCAGAGUCAUUCAGCCUUAUUUUGUGAACCCCUGUUGGUACUGUUGGGCAUUGGAGGAAAGGGAAGUAAAUAAGAUCCUUGUCUUAGAAUUUAGUUUAAGGAUUACUGUAAUACGGUUUGGGGUUGUGGGAGAUAACACACAGUGUUGGAAAAGCAGAAGGGUUUCUGCCCAGAAGAUUGCCCUUGCAGUACUGGAUUUUUCCUCCCUAGCUCAGUGGAAACCUCAUGAGCGCCUUGCCUCUUUUUCUUCCGUCACAGUUUCAGCUCUCACGCCUAGGUUCUCUGCUCCAUCACUAAUGAGACGUCUGAUGUUGGGCAAGUCAGGGAAUUGCUUUGUGCACGUUUCCUCCAUGGAAAGAGGAAAAGACCUCUGAAGCCACUUGAUGUAUGAUUUUUGCAGGGAUUUAAAUUAAUUUUAAUUACUAGUGCUUUUCUAAUUAAAACCAAAACCAGUCCAGUUACAUAUGUAGAAUUAAAAAAGGUAUAUCUUGACAUAGCUUGCUUCUAAACCUUUUUAAAAUUGCUUUAUGAUACAUUUGAAUUCAGUAUAUAGUAUAGAGCAUGUGUGUAUUCCUGAGUAUAUAAUUACAUAAUUUUAAGUUAUUUUACAAAAAUGGUAUACUACUAAACCAUAUACAGGGUGUCUGUGUCUGUCUCUCCUCUGUCACGAUCCAUGAAUCUUCUGUUUUGGUCUGCUUGAGAAGGACCCAGAUCUUCUGUAACAACUUAAUAUGGUUGGCCUUCUAGGAUCCUGGAGUGAGCAAUGGUCCGAGGGCCUAGGUCUCAUCAAAAGCAAUCUGGCAGAACCCUGACCUUGUAAUCUUGUUCCUCUUAAGUAUUGGAACCCAAACUUUUCUAGAUUUCUGCUUCCCCAAAGCUUUCCAACUUAAAGAGUUAGGCACUCUGUUUUUAGGUGAAUGUCAUUCCAAAUCAAGGUCCUUUAUGCAGAAGUAUAAAACAUGCCCUGGGCAAGUGGUGGAAGAGUAAGCUGGCCAGGUUUGGAUAGGGAGGAUGGUGUCGGGAAGGGCUGUUAACUACCAGCAAAAUUCUAGGCACUGGGGCAACAGCAGAGAACUUAAAAUUCCUGCCUUCAAUGGGACUUCAUUUCUGGUGGAGAGACAAACAGAUUAAUCAGGUGUGAUGAGUACUAUAGAGAAAAGUAACACAAGCGAAAUGUAUGAGGCUGGAAGAGUCAUACUAACAAAUUCAGAGAGGUGAGAGAUGAAGACAGGUUGGGUAAGGCUUUGAGAAGAAAGCACUCACUUCCGAGAAAAGUAUAUUAUCACCUUUUCAUUUUACCUCAUACUUCACCUCUUUUCUUUCCCAGAUUAAAUUCUAUGGUCCAUCAUGAUCCCACUCCCCACCUGUAUUCACCAUCAACUCCCUUGCCACUUUCCCUUGUUUCAUCUAUUUUAAUGGACAAACCACAAUCUUGGUGAUGCCUAGCCAUACCUGUGCAGUUUAUAGUGGAGAAAAACAUUCAACCAGUGUCUCAUCUUAAAUUCAUGAUCAUCAGCCUCAGGAGGGGAAUCAUUCUCCCUAUCUAUUCACUUUCCUACUCAAAAGAACCAUUUCAUACCUUCUCGCUUUCCUCAAAUCAAUCUUACCUUUAUUCUCAAUGACUCUACUUGACUGAGAAAAUUGAAGCAGCCAGAACAAAACAUCACCGGCCCCCUACAUCUACUUACUUCACAUAAUUGUAGAUGAAUGUUUCUAAAAAUCUGGUCUCUGGGCCAGCGGUAUCAGCACCACCAAGGAACUUAUCAGAAAUGCAAAUUAUUGAGUCCCACCUCAGACCUACUGAAUCAAAUUCUGGGCUUGGGGCCCAGCAAUCUGUGCUUUAGUAAGUGUUCCAGGUGAUUAUGAUGAAGCUUAAGAGUUUGAGAACCAGUCCCCCUCUGCAUGUUUCUGUCUAGAAAGAAUCUAUUUGUGCACCAGACCUCAGUCUCUCAUCAACUAAGUUACAUGGCUCCAUCAAAUCUCCCUCUUCUGCAUCCCAGUUUUACUUCUAUUGGAUUAUUCUUGUCAGCAUAAAAACAUGCUGCUGUUUCUCCCAUUUCUUCAUCAGUUACCACCCAUUUCUCUAUUCCUCUUUGCAGCAAGACCCCAAAGAGGAAGCUGUUAUUGAUUCCAUUUCUCCAUUUUUUUCUAACCCAGUCCAAUCAAGCUUUCAUCCUCUUCAUUCCAGUGGAAAUCGUCUUGUCAAGACCACACAUUUUUGAUUCUCAGUCCUCAUCUCUCUCUCUGGGUUUUUUUUUUUUUUUUUUUUUUUGCAGUUGAGAAUAAAUGUCCAUUUUAUUUAAGCAUUAGUAGAUAAGCAAGGAAAGGAGAUUUUUUUGGUAUCAUUUAAAAAAGUUACUCAAUGAAUUUUAUUACAUUUAUAGUUGUACAACGAUCAUCACAACCCAAUUUUAUAGCAUUUCCAUCCCAAAUCCCCAGCCCAUCACCCCACCCCUCAACCUGUCUCCUUUGGAAACCAUAAGUUUUUCAAAGUCUGUGAGUCAGUAUCUGUUCUGCAAAGAAGUUCAUUGUGUCCUUUUUUUUAGAUUCCACAUGUAAGUGAAUAGCAUUUGAUGUUGGUGAUGUCUGAUUAAUUUCACUUAGCAUGAUGAUUUCUAGGUCCAUCGAUGUUGCCGCAAAUGCCAUUAUUUCUUUCCUUUUAAUGGCUGAGUAAUAUUCAAUUGUGUAAAUGUACCACAUCUUUAUCCACUCCUCUGUCAAUGGACAUUUAGGUUGUUUCCAUGUCUUGGCUGUUGUAUAUAGUGCUGCAAUGAACAUUGGAGUACAUGUAUCUUUUCAAGUCAUGGUUUUCUCUCAGCCCUCAUCUUAUUUGACCUAUAGAUGGUACAGGAUCCCCUUGAUACACUUUCUUCACUUGGAUUCUAGCACAGAAUACCUCCUGAUUUUCCUCCUAUUUUACCUGUUGUUCCUUCUUAGUCUCCUUGGCUGGUUCCUCCUCUUCUUUUUAUCCUCUUGAUGCCACAGUGACCCAAGGCUCAGUCCUUGACCCUCUACACUCACUAGAUUACAUCCAGUCCUAUGGCUUUAAACACCAUCCUUGUGCCAACAACUCCCAAAUGUAGAAUCGGUCCAGGUCUAUCUCCUGAUCUCUGGUAUGUUCAGUCGCUAGCUCAACCUCUCCACCGAUGUCUCGCCAACAUCACAAACCCAACACUUGCAAACCUAAACCUCUUCCUCAUCUGCCCCAUCACUUAUAAUGAAUUCAUCUCUCCCAUUUCUCAGGCCAAAUCCUGAGAGUAAUAUUUCUCACAUCCUAUAUCGUAUUUACUGGUUGACCAGUUCUUGCCAUAUCUACGGCCAAGUCACCAACUCUCACCUGGAUGAUGGCAUAAUCUCUUAGCUGGUUUCUACUUGCACUUUGCUUCCUACAGUCUGUCCUCCACACAGUAACAGAGGGAUCCUGUGAAAAUGUACAUCAGAUCCUGUCAUUUCUCAGACUUUCUCCUGGCUCCCAUCUGAGAGUAAAAGCCAAAGACUUUGAUGGCUCACAAAUUCUUGUCUUCUGAUCUCCCAUUUCCACUGUCACCUCACUGUUUUCCCUGCUUACAUCUCCACUGUUCUUAUCUACUCCACCCACCUUGUCCUCCCUUCUACCCUUCAAAAUGCCAGGUUCCUUUCAGAGGGUCUUCACGCUAGCUGGGUCUUCCAUCUGGAGUACACUUCCCUCAUAUCUACAAGGCCCAGUUACCUUUUCCAGCAGGUAUCACCUUAUCAGUGAGGUCUCCCCUGACUCUUAUUUGCACUCGCUAUCCCACCUCCCACACCACCUGUCUCCCUUGCUCUGGGCUUCCCGUAGGCAGAGGUGGACCUGAGAUUCCAUUCCCAAAGAUCUGUCUCUUUCUACUUUGAAGUGGGGAGUCAAGAAAGCUGAUAAAAAGCCAUUACACAACUUUUAAGAAUCAAAUGGAUCGGUAAUUACUGGUUAGCAGAAUUUUAAAAUACAGUUUGUAUUCUCCAUUUCCAACUCCUGCUUUCCUAGAGUGAUAGAACACUGACCUGGGAGUUAGAAACCUUGGAUUCUAGGCCUCGAUCUAUUACUCAGGAGCUCUGUGACCUGUGGCAAGCAAGUCCUCAGUCUUGGUCAGCCUGGGAAGUGAGGGAACUGGGACUAAAUGAUCCAUGAGGUUAACACUCCAAUCCUGUCAACUCUGCUUCCAAAAUAAAUCCCAAUGCUGUCAAUGUUUCUCAUCCCUGCUGCGCUACCUCCUCUCCGUGCUCUAUUCACUUCCUGCCAGGCCAUUGCAUCAGCCUCCUUACCUCCUUUCACUCUUGUCUUUAAUCCAGCUUCCACAUAGCUGCCUAAGGUGUAACUCAGAGCAUGCCUGUUUCUCUCUGAAACCCUCCAGCAGCUUCCCACUGUGCUGAGAAUCACCCCUGUGCUCCCCACCGUGGCCUGCAGGGCCUCUCACCAUCUGGCUCUGGGCUCCCUCCCUCAUCUGGUUCCAGCCACAGUGGUGUCCAGCCCCUCAGAUUUGCCAAGCUCAUUCCUGCCUAAGCAAUCCUUUGUUUUGCUUACAAGUUCUUCCUCCUUGUGUCCUCCUGGUGGAUUCCCUCUCAUUUUUUUAGGACUCAGCUUCAAGGUCUUUUCCUGAGUGUAAGCUCCCUUUCCUGAUCACUUUUUCUAAAGCCAGUUCUUCCUCAUUAGUUUAAAAUUCAGCUCCCUACUUAUUUUUUUGUUCCCAUAGAGACAUUUACCACAAUGUAACAUUAAGUCAUGCAAUAGUCACAAAAUGGAAUACCAUACAACUGUAAAAAGAAAUCUAUGUAUUGAUAUAGAACAAUUUAAGAUAUUGUUCAGUGAAAAAAAAAAUCCCAAGGUGAAGUCCAGAGUGUAUAGAAUACCACCAUUUGUAUAAUAGAGGGGGAAGAAUAUAUUUGCUUGUAUAUGCAUAUGUUAUCUCUGGAUGGGCACAGAAGAAACUGAUAACAUUGCUGGCCUUUAUGAGGAGGACUAGGUGGCUAGGGGCAGGAGUGGGGGGCUUUUCACUGUGCACCUUUUUGUAUUUUGAAUCAUAUAGUGUACCACCUAUGAAAAAUAAAUA